AUGAGUCACGUCCCUUUGGCGGCAGUUUUCAGCCAAGAUGACCUUGAUCAACUAGAAAAAACCGAAAAGCGUCUGGAAAUUACAGCCAGCGACUCGACACCACUCCUUCGACUACUUAAAGUCUCAUCUGAGGAUGGCUACGACCUCAUCUGUGUUCCACUGGCAAAUGAGACGUGGAAAUCGCGAUGGAAAAAGAUGUGUCUAACUGAUGGAGAGAAACAGAGCGAAGAGGUUGAGCGACUGGCCGAGGACUGGCGAGCCUCUGAAGGACCUUUUCUUCGCGAAGAGAUGAACAUCACCCGAUUAGAUGAGGCCAUGGGAACCAUCGGUAUGGUGUCAGACUGGCUCGAGUUGGACUCGCCUGACGAUGGCCUUCGCUAUGACUCUGAAAUUGCACUUAAGCAGGAGUUGUCGUAUGCUGCGUACUUGAGCCUUCAAGCAGUCAUACUGCCGCCCCCACGAAAUCGUCAGAACGUGGCCGACUAUGGAAGAGCAGUUAGUGCGUGCUUGAACUCGACGUCAUCAUAUACGCAGAUCUCUAUACGAAUACCCAUAUAUGACCCACGUUCCGCAUCACGAAACUCGAUUGCCGAAGAGACGAUCCCAGAGGACAUGCCACUUAGCGUGAAUGCGCGUGCCCCGGAUGGCGAUCUCAGUACCACAUGGGAGAUGUGGGACGUUAUCCGCUCGAUAUGCGGUUAUAAUCCAAGGCUAUCCCUUACUCUUGAUCUAUCGCUUCCACUUCCUUUAUCAUCGGGUGUUCUUUCUCGUUGGUCCACAGAACCUUGCCAUCACAUCUUACUUCCAUCCACGUCUUUUAUAUCCAAUGCGAAAGGUUACCCGGUCCUCACAAAGGCGACGCAAAACUUUCUCCGAAAGUGCUUCAAGCACCACCCUACUAUUCUAUUGUCGCGCACUAGAACACGGGUACAUCAGAGUGGCGGUCACAUGGCAUACGCGCAGUAUGUCCGACAUCUUGAACGGACAGCACCGGAACUUGUAGCCGCUGACCAACCGGGAACAUUGGAAAACUUUGCAAAAGGGUAUUGGGACUAUCUUCAGGCCCCUCUCCAGCCAUUGAUGGACAACCUUGGAAGUGGGACAUAUGAUACAUUUGAGAGAGAUCCAGUCAAGUACGAGAGAUAUGAAGAGGCGGUCUUUCUCGCUCUCUCAGAUAGGAGUCCAACAUCUCGAACUGUAAUCUGCGUCGUUGGGGCUGGUCGGGGUCCUAUUGUUACCCGGUGUCUAGCCGCACUUGACAGAAGUAAAAGGGACGGUCUUGUCUAUGCCGUGGAGAAGAAUCCGAAUGCAUUCGUCACGUUACAAGAACAGAAAGUACAUUGGAAGGACAGAGUCCUACUUAUCUACGGAGACAUGAGACGGAUUCAGGUCCCAGAGCCAGUUGAUAUCCUUGUCAGUGAGCUCCUCGGGUCCUUUGGUGACAACGAGGCAAGCCCAGAGUGUUUGGACGGUGCCAUGAGAUUUCUAGCGCCGGAUGGUAUAUCCAUUCCCUCAUCCUAUACCGCAUAUCUCUCUCCCAUCUCAUCGCCAAAGCUUCAUAACGAGGUUUUACAAAAUUCAAGCAAGAGUAGCGCGGAGACGCCGUAUGUAGUCAUGUUCCAGGCUGUCAACACUCUCAGCGGUGACGGCGGUGGUCUCCGUGGAGUUUGUGGGACAAAGAUUCAGGAGUGUUGGACGUUCGAGCAUCCAAGAAGGGAGGCAGUUCUCAAUGAGCAAGGCCUUCCAAUCACGAACACUCAUAACACUCGGAGUGCGAAGCUCAACUUUCAUAUUCCUAAUGCGGGGAUCCUACACGGUUUAGCCGGAUAUUUCGAAGCUGUUUUGUACCGCGACGUCGGACUGAGCAUUCAUCCCGAGAGUCAGCCGUACAUCUCACCGAAUAUGCUAAGCUGGUUUCCACUCUUCUUUCCACUCAAGGAUCCCUUGUAUCUACCCAGCAACUCGGAGCUGACUGUUUCUAUCUGGAGACUCACUGGGAGGUCAAAGAUCUGGUACGAGUGGUACGCCGAAUCAUUCUUGCCUGUUCUCAGCCCACCGCCUCCCCUUCGACCGCUCACUCCACGCGAGCCGGACGGCCCGUCGCAUCAAAAGACGAUGAGUACACCAACUGCAAAGCUUCUCUCUGUGAAUCUUCCCAGUCCUCUAGUCUCAGCGCUUGCAAGUCCGACAGGCAUCCUUGGGACAAUCGACACAAGCGAAGGAGGUCUCAGAAUGGGUGGUGGAACGGACAUUGCAGCUGGCACGGUCAUUAAAAUUGGGCAGACUGCGCUCCACAACCCCGAGGGACGAGGUAGCUGGACUGGGUUGUAG